AUGAGCGACAGAAUCAGUUCAUGGAACGUCGUCCACCGCUUCGAGAAGCGCCAGCUUCUUAUAGCCAUCAACUGCGCAGCAGCCCUAUCGAUCCUUAUGUUCGGUUAUGAUCAGGGUCUGAUGGGCGGUGUCAACAAUUCUAAAGACUAUAUUGAUCUAAUGAAAUUCGGAUAUACCAAAGACGUUAAUGGUGAACUGACUCCGGUCGUUACGAAUAGUUUGUUACAAGGUGGUAUUGUCUCGGUUUAUUACUUGGGAACACUGUUUGGGGGACUUUUGGGAGGAUGGGUGGGUGAUCGUAUUGGACGUAUUAGGUCGAUUGCGCUGGGCACUCUAUGGGGGAUUGUUGGAGCUUGUUUGCAGACGUCUGCCCAGAAUCAUGAUUGGAUGAUUUGUGCCCGAGCGGUUAAUGGAAUUGGCACUGGUAUUUUGAAUACGAUCAUUCCGGUCUGGGCAACAGAAACAAGUGAACAUACCUCUCGUGGCCAAUUCAUAGCCAUCGAGUUCACCUUGAACAUCUUCGGCGUGGUCAUCGCUUACUGGAUGGAAUUUGGUCUAUCAUUCAUCGACGGCGGGAGAUCAGCAUUCAGAUGGCGUUUCCCAGUCGCCUUCCAGAUCAUUUUCCUGCUCGCCCUAUUCGCCGGAAUCUGGUUCUUUCCCGAAUCGCCACGUUGGCUAGUCAAAGUCGGCAGAGAAGACGAAGCUCGAUAUAUCCUCAGUCGUUUACGUGGUGAUAGUACGUCAGAAGAACGCGCCAGAGCAGACCUGGAGUUCCGCGAAAUCUUGAAUAUUGCCGAGUUGGAGAAGUCCAUGACGCAUGAUCAUUCGUACUUGGCAAUGUUGUUUGGAUAUAAGUCUGGAAAGUUGCAUCUUGGAAGGAGGGUGCAGUUGGUUGUCUGGUUGCAGAUUAUGCAAGAAUGGACUGGUAUUGCCGGAGUCACGGUUUAUGCGCCGACUAUCUUUUCAAUCGCUGGGUACAGUGCCCAGAAAAGUCAAUGGAUCAGUGGCCUGAACAAUAUUUUUUAUAUGUUCAGCACCCUUAUUUGCGUAUUUACCUUGGAUCGAAUCGGCCGAAGAUGGACACUUUAUUGGGGUGCUGUUGCCCAAGCUAUAGCUAUGUUCCUCGCCGGUGGGCUUUCUAGACUUGCCAUCAAUGCUUCAGCUGUAGGGGAUGCGUCCAAAGCGUCCUCUUACGGAGCGGGUGCGGCAUCCAUGAUCUUCAUCUACACUGCCGCCUUUGGAGCUACUUGGUUGACAGUACCUUGGCUCUAUCCAGCUGAGAUUUUCCCUCUAGCAGUGCGUGCUCGUGGUAACGCAUGGGGUGUAGUUGGAUGGAGUAUUGGAAAUGGCUGGUUGAUGCUUGUGUGCCCCGUCAUGUUCAACUCAAUCGGUGAAAAGACGCUCUACAUCUUUGCGGUCUGCAACAUCAUCACUAUUCCCAUGGUCUGGGCUCUGUAUCCCGAAAGUAAUCAACGCACGCUUGAAGACAUGGACCUUCUUUUUGCGGCUGAUACGCCAUGGAACUGGGAUGCUGAGAGGACUUUUGCUCGCCUCAAGGAGGAAAACACGGAUCUGAUCUUGGCACCAAACCGCAAGGCGAGUCUGAUCGAUGCGGAGGCGGCAAAGACGGCACAUGAAGAGGUCUCUGCCACUGAGUCAUAGUGCCGCUUUGUUGACGAUAUAAGAAGUUAGGUGGUCAUGGGACUCGAGUAGACGUCAGUAGAGGAUGCUGGAAUAGUUGUCGAUUAACUGAAUUUAUGAUUAGAUGAGAGAUCGCCACGAUUAAAUACGAGAAUGGCUUCGUUUUGCGAUGCGAGAUAGAUU